AUGAGGUCGAACUUGCUCUCGCUCGUCCGGAGAGCACCGGCUAGCGUCGUCGAGCCGACGACCCAGGAUCAGGUCGUUGGCGUGGACCCAUCAGCGGACGAUGUCAAGUCGGAAAAGGACCUCGAGUCGAGCAAUGAGCCAGCCCACCCACCGAGUCUCCCCCACUCGGAUGAGCCUCAGGCUCACGGCCUCGAUGGGUUGACCGAUGCGAACGCGCAGCCUGGUGUCAAGCAGGCGGCUGCCAUCACCCAGGUCUGGUCGAAGACGUCCUUGAUCAUCGUCUACAUCUUCAUGUUCGGCCUGUACAUGGUCAACGCUUUCCAGUCGUCCAUCACCUCCAAUCUAUCCGCUUUCGUCACGUCCGACUUCCAGUCCCACUCGCUGCUCCCCGUUAUCGCCAUCGUGUCUAACGUGAUGAGCGCGGCUACCUACAUGGUCGUGGCCAAGGUUCUCAACUUGUGGGACCGUUCAGUCGGUCUCGCCGUCAUGACCAUGUUCGCCACCCUGGGCUUGAUCCUCUCGGCUACAUGCAAGGAUAUCGGCACCUACUGCGCAUCGCAGGUGUUUUAUGGCAUUGGCUUCUCGGGCAUGAUUUUCUGCGUGGACGUGAUCACUGCGGAUACCUCGUCGCUCAAGUCUCGAGGGUUGGCCUACGCCUUCACCUCCUCCCCGUACAUCAUCACGGCAUACGCUGGCUCCAAGGCGUCUGAGCACUUUGCCGAAACCAAUUGGCGAUGGGGCUUCGGUAUCUUCGCCAUCGUCCUUCCGUUUGUCGCUAUGCCCCUCUUGGCCACGCUGCAGUACAACAAACACAAGGCGGCGAAGAGUGGACUCGUCGUAGAAAGGGAAAGCAGCGGUCGCACGCUCAUGCAAUCCAUCCUUUACUAUACCGUUGAGUUCGACAUCCUCGGCAUCUUCCUCAUCGCCGGCGGCCUUGUCCUCUUCCUGCUCCCCUUCUCCAUCAUUGAGCAGUACGGCGACUCGUGGCGCUCGCCCGGCUUCAUCGCCAUGGUCAUCAUCGGCUUCUUCACCCUCGUCGCCUUCGGCUUCGUGGAGAAAUAUGUGGCACCGAAGCCCUUCAUCCCCUGGGAGCUCCUCACGAAUCGCACCGUUCUCGGCGCGUGCCUCAUCGACUUCACCUACCAGAUCUCGUACUACUGCUGGGACGACUACUACUCCUCCUUCCUCAUGAUCGUCUUCGACACCUCCGUCGCUGAGGCCGGCUACAUCGCCUCCAUCUUCGACGUCGUCAACGGCGUGUGGCUCAUCGGCGUCGGGCUGCUCAUCCGGCGCACGGGGCGCUUCAGGUGGCUGCUGAUGUGGAGCGUGCCGCUGUUUAUGCUGUUCCAGGGCUUGAUGAUAUAUUUCCGGAGGCCGGGGAUGAGCAUCGGGUAUAUCGUGAUGUGCCAGGUGUUCAUGGCUAUCGGCGGCGGCGCGAUUAUCAUCUGCGAGCAGGUCGCAGUGCUCGCGGCCUCGACGCAGAACAACAACGCCGCCAUGCUCGCGCUGCUCGGUCUGUUUGGCUACGUGGGCGGCGCGGUAGGUAGCGCCGUGUCCGGCGCAAUCUGGACCAACACCCUCCCUGGCGCGCUCCAAAAGUACCUCCCCGAGGACGCGUUGGCGGACUGGGAGAACAUCUACAACGACAUCGACGUCCAACUUAGCUACCCCGUCGGCGACCCUGUGCGCACUGCUAUCCAAGCAGCGUACGGUGAUGCACAGAGCCGUAUGCUGAUCGCGGGUACCUCGAUCAUGGCGCUCGCGCUGGGCUUCGUGUUCUUGAUCAAGAACAUCAAGUUGUCCGACCUCGAGCAGGUUAAGGGUGUGCUUUUCUAG